AUGGAGAGUCAAGAAAACAAACCUACGGAUUCAUGUUCAGAUACAGAGAGCAUAGGAAGUUCCAAAAGAGUUGGCUUCAGCGGUCCAUUAACGGGACCUUCCGUCGCCUACAAAAGAACAAACAGCUACAGUAGUAGUACAAGAAGCACCAUGAGAAUCAAAGACGAUGAUCAGUACGUCGAGAUUACCUUAGACGUUCGUGACGACACAGUCUCCGUUCAGAACAUCAGAGGAGGAGAUUCAGAAACAGCAAUGCUAGCAAGCCGAUUGGAAACAAAACGCCCAACGCUAGGCUCUCAAUUAUCAUUCAAAUUGAAGCAAGUUUCGCAGGAAUUAAGACGAAUGACUUCCUCUAAAAGCUUCAAUAGAAUCGACCGAACCAAAUCCGGUGCUAGUCGUGCCUUAAAUGGCCUACGAUUCAUGACCAAAAGCGUCGGAAGUGAAGCUUGGUCAGAGAUUGAGAAUCGAUUCGAUAAACUCGCUAUUAACGGAGAGCUUCCAAAGUCGUUAUUCGCAAGAUGCAUAGGUAUGAACGAGUCGAGUGAGUUUGCUGGUGAGUUGUUCGACGCGUUGGCUAGAAGAAGAGGGAUAAGUUCGAACUCCAUAACUAAAGGGGAACUGCGUGAAUUUUGGGAGCAAAUUAUUGAUGAAAGCUUCGAUGCAAGGCUUCAAAUCUUCUUCGAUAUGGUGGACAAGAAUGCUGACGGUCGCAUUACCGAAAAAGAAGUCAAAGAGAUUAUUGCAUUGAGUGCUUCAGCUAAUAAGUUGUCAAAAAUUCAAGAUGAAGCUGAAGAAUAUGCUGCACUAAUUAUGGAAGAAUUGGACCCCGAUAAUCUCGGUUACAUCGAGCUAUACAACUUGGAAAUGCUAUUGUUGCAAGCUCCAAACCAAGCAACGGCGCCGAACCGUGUCACGGACAGCCGAGUGUUGAGCCAACUUCUAAGCCAAAAGCUAGUGCCCACAAAGGAGUACAACCCCAUCAAGCGAACAUACCGCUCACUCCGUUACUUUGUUGAAGAUAAUUGGAAGCGCAUUUGGGUUUUCUCUCUAUGGCUCGCCAUUUGCGCUGGUCUAUUCGCUUGGAAAUUCAUUCAGUAUCGCCAUCGAGCCGUCUUCCAUGUUAUGGGUUACUGCGUCACCACUGCCAAAGGCGCUGCCGAGACCCUUAAGUUCAAUAUGGCUAUUAUUCUUCUCCCUGUUUGUAGGAACACUAUUACUUGGCUCCGAAGUAAGACCAAGCUUGGCUCUGUUGUCCCUUUUGAUGAUAAUGUCAAUUUCCACAAGGUAAUUGCUGUUGGCAUCGCCAUUGGAGUCCUUUUACAUGCUGGAGCACAUCUUACCUGUGACUUUCCAAAGCUACUCCAUGCGACGGAUGCGGAAUAUGAACCAAUGAAGCCGUUUUUCGGUGAAGUGCGACCGAAUAACUAUUGGUGGUUUGUGAAGGGGACGGAAGGGUGGACUGGGGUGGUGAUGGUGGUGCUAAUGAUCAUAGCAUUCACCUUAGCUCAGCCAUGGUUCCGCCGCAACCGCCUUAACUUACCAAAAAUCAUCAAGAGACUCACAGGGUUCAAUGCCUUCUGGUACUCUCACCAUCUCUUUGUCAUUGUCUAUGUCCUCUUCAUCAUCCAUGGCUACUACCUCUAUCUCUCCAAGAAAUGGUACAAAAAGACGACAUGGAUGUAUCUAGCUGUCCCAGUCUUGCUAUACGCAUGUGAAAGAUUGAUUCGUGCAUUUCGAUCAGGCUACAAAACAGUGAGGAUCUCAAAGGUUGCUGUUUAUCCUGGAAAUGUUUUGGCAUUGCAAAUGUCAAAGCCCCAUGGAUUCAAAUACACAAGUGGCCAAUACAUAUUUGUGAACUGUUCUGCUAUUUCUCCCUUUCAAUGGCAUCCAUUCUCGAUUACAUCGGCUCCUGGGGAUGAUUACUUGAGUAUUCACAUUCGCACUGUAGGAGAUUGGACUUCCCAACUCAAGACCAUUUUCUCAAAGGUAUGUCAGCCUCCAUCUGUUAAUCAAAGUGGUCUUUUGAGGGCUGAUAUUGGCCAAAGCAGCAACAAAAUCAGAUUACCAAGGCUGUUGAUAGAUGGACCUUACGGAGCUCCAGCACAAGAUUACAAACAAUACGACGUUCUUCUUCUCGUAGGGCUGGGGAUCGGCGCCACCCCACUGAUCAGCAUCGUCAAGGAUGUACUCAACAACAUCAAGGAGCAGAAAGACAUCGAAAAUGGCGUUGCUGAUAAGCAAGCGAAGCCUUUUGUCACCAAGCGAGCUUACUUCUACUGGGUGACAAGAGAGCAAGGCUCAUUCGAAUGGUUUAGAGGCGUCAUGGACGAAGUCGCGGAGAACGAUCGAGACAGAGUGAUUGAACUGCACAACUACUGCACCAGCGUUUACGAAGAGGGUGAUGCUCGGUCUGCCCUCAUUACCAUGCUUCAAGAUCUCAACCACGCCAAGAACGGUGUCGAUAUUGUGUCCGGGACAAGGGUGAAGACUCAUUUUGCUAGACCCAACUGGCGAAAUGUCUUGAAACAUGUUGCUGUUAACCACCCUGAUCAAAGAGUUGGGGUGUUUUACUGUGGAGCACAAGGACUAGUCGGAGAGCUAAGGAGAUUAUCACAAGACUUUUCUAGGAAAACAACCACCAAAUUUGAUUUCCACAAGGAGAAUUUUUAGAGUAUAAUUAAAUUGAAAUUAUAUAUUUUUUUUUUAUAAAGAAAUGAUAUUUUUAAGAAAUUGUAAUAUAGUGUUAUUCAGUUGGUAUUAAUAUUGGGUAUAUUACCAAUAUGUGUUUAUUUAGUAGUUCUACACAAAAUUUUCAUAA